AGCAGCAAUGGCAAACGAGGGAUCCGAACGUUGGGAACUGCCGGUGUACAUCGCCGCCGACUGGAGCGCGGCACGGCGUAUGCCGAUCCAUAGGGUUUCAACCGUCUCAGGGCCACCAAUCGACAGAUUAAACUUCGUGCAAGCGCGCCGCGAGAAGGUUAGGGUUUCCUACGACGGCGAAUCUUCAAAAUCAAACAUGUUUACCUGCGAGAUCUGCGCGGAGGAGAUGCCAGUAAGCAGUUUAUUUCGAAUUCAAGGUUGCAAUCACUCUUACUGCACCAAUUGCAUCGGCAGUUACGUGGUUAUCAAAUUGGAUUCGAACGUAACCGCCAUCAGCUGUCCUGAAAUCGGCUGCGCCGGUGUUUUGAAGCCUCACCAUUGUCAAUCGAUUCUGCCAAAGCAAGUGUUCGACAGAUGGUGCGAUGCUCUGUGCGAGGCUCUGAUUCCGUCGCCGGAGAAGUUCUACUGUCCGUUCAAGGACUGCUCGGCUCUGUUGAUGAACGACGCGGAUCGUAACGGUGAGAUUGUGGUUGAAUCUGAAUGUCCUGUUUGUAACAAGCUGUUCUGCGCGCAGUGUAAGGUUCCAUGGCAUUCGGAGAUGACAUGCGAGGCGUUCAGGAGGUGGAAGUCUGCCUCAGGUGAGAGUAACAAUGCGGAUGUUAUGGUGACGAACCUUGCGGAGCGGGAGAAAUGGAUGAGGUGCUCCAAUUGCGAAUUCUUCGUCGAGAAAUCGGAAGGUUGUUCGCACGUGAAAUGCAGGUGCGGACAUAAUUUCUGCUACGACUGCGGAUCUUCAUUAGUGAAUAGUUACUGUUCAAAAUGCCGUGGAUGAGUUCGUCCUGAGAGAUGGGAAUGCUAUUUUGCAAGCUUUAUUAUAGCAAGUACAUAUA